UAGAAACUGUUUCAAAACACAGUCAAAAGACACCACCCCGUUUCACAUCCCAAUACACCAGCAGGGGAAACUUAUAACCCCGCCAGCCUGGACACUCCCUUCACUGCAAUUCUGGGCUUCAAGGCAGCAGGAGCGCAAGGCAGCUGGCUCCCUUCACACCAGACCCUUUUCUUUAAGAGUUCUCAUCGUUAGAGACACCGCUGCAGCAGAGCCAAGAUGUUGGUGCUACUGGCUGGUAUUUUUGUGAUCCACACCGCCACCGUGAUCAUGCUGUUUGUCUCCACUAUUGCUAACGCCUGGAUGGUAAGCAAAAAUAACUCAUCAGGAAUCUGGACAAACUGUGCAGGAAACGACUGUGAUGACUUCUUCGUCUCAGAAGAGCCUGCCCUCAAGGCGAUCCAGGCCUUCAUGAUCCUGGCCAUCAUCUUCUCCUUCAUCUCCCUGGUCAUGUUCAUGGUGCAGCUCUUCACUAUGGAGAAAGGGAAACGCUUCUACAUCACCGGAGGCAUCUUGCUGAUUUGCUGGCUAUGCAUUUUGAUCGCUGUCUCCAUCUACACAGCCCGAAUCCCACAAUACUACACCCCAUCAAGCCAGUAUCACCAUGGCUACUCUUUCAUACUGGCCUGGAUCUGCUUUUGCUUCAGCUUCAUCAUUGGCAUUCUGUACCUUGUGCUCAGAAAGAAAUGAGGGUCCUGAGGACGAAAUGGGGAGGGAGAAUUGGAAAUAUCUUGGGGGGGGGGGCUUGUGGGAGGGAUGUGAAGUCAUUUUCGCUAUGAGAACGGUUUGCCAAAAGAAAUGAAUUGUACGCUGCUCAGCUAACUUGCCCAAUCCCAGACAUGAAUCCACCAGAGAGAGAAAAGCCCCUCCAGGCCCCUCCAUGUGUAAUGGAUAAACGGGACCAUGAAGAUGCUUGAAGAACCACCAGAGUAGCCAGAUGCUGUCUUCUUGCUCACAAAAUGACAUGCGCAAUUCCACUGUAAAGAACCAUA